UUUUUUUUUCUUGUGACUCUUCUUUUUCUCUACCAAAGGCUCAGUUUUACGCUUCUUCUUCUGUGGUGAAUUUAAUUGUUUUUUUCCAACAGGAACUUUCAAUCUUUCCAGGGAAUUUUUUGGUUGUUAAUUUUCAUUUGUAAAUUCGGCGUUAUGUUGUUCGUUUUCUACAAUUCUUACCUUCAAUAUGAAGAAAACACAGUGAGUUUUGUAACCGAAACUACUUACCUCGCGUGGAAUACAUCUUUUCCCGCUAUUUCGGUAUGUCCCAUUGCUGGAACUGAACCGGAAUGGGUAACGGACGAAGAAUUCGUAGAGGAAGAGAUCGAUCAGCAAAAACAAUUCAUAAUCGAUUUGGUUUUUUUUACUGGAAAUUGUUAUUCUUGUUACGAAGAAUGUGAAUCUUGUAAAAAAAUGAAUUUCACCGAAAAAGUUUUGAGAUAUAGAAAAAACUGCAAUCAAAUCAUUUCAUUAUGUAAAUGGAAUAAUGAAGAUUUUAAUUGUUGCGAAGAGUUUCUACCUAUUGAAACUGAAUAUGGAAUUUGUUAUUCGUUCAAUUCUCUACACACAACGAAAAUUAAAAAGUCUAAAUUGGAUUUGACGAUGAACAGAAAAACAGGACCGGGUAAAAUAUGGUUCCAAACUGAAGAAGAUACACGGGUGUUUUUUCAUGCACCUGAAGACGUUCCGUUCAUAAAUUCGGAUCCGGAUCAAAGAAAAGAUAUCAUGCUCGGGGAAUCUUUCAAUAUAACGAUAAGUGUUAUAGAAAUAGAUAACGACGAAAGUAUCAAAUUUAUACCGGUGUACAAAAGAAAAUGCAAAUUUCCAUGGGAAAACGAGGGAGUUAAAGUACACGAUCAUUACAGUUAUUCUUCGUGUAUUGUACAAUGUCACGCCGAAAAUCACAUACAACUUUGUAAUUGUACGCAUCAUUUAAUGCCCAAAUACAAUCUGGUAAAUUAUUGUGACGUGGAAGGAUUAAAAUGUUUAACCGAUCAUUUUGAUACUGUUAAUAGACUUCUCGCUAAAGAAUCGAAUCUACACAAACCAGGUUUGAUAUGCGACUGUCUACCGUCGUGCACUGAACCCGAAUACAAAAUCGUUUCUAUAACGAAAGGAUUUAAAUCGAUAAAAAGCGAAAUUCUAAUAAACAUAAUAUCUUUACCUAGUACAAGAUUUAAAAGAAUAGCUGUAAGGACAACAUUAGAUUUAAUUGUUUCUGUAGGAGGUGCUGCAGGACUCUUCAUCGGCGCUUCUUUACUGAGCAUUAUAGAGCUAUUAUACUUAUUAGUAUUACGUCAUAAAUGAAUAUUUACGCAAAUUGUAACACA